UUCUAAUGCUAUUUAUUUAUUGGCCUAAUCACUUCUUUUAUAAACUGUAUAUAUUGAUUGAUCAUCACGAAGUUGGAAGAAGGCGAAAUGAAUCAAGCAAUUCGAUCGGUUCGAGCUUAGUCUCCAGCAAUUUUCUCUCUGCAAUCUUUAUUAUUGUACAGAAGUUCAACGACCAACUUUAGGAGUAUCACAAGUUCAGGCAGUCGUCCAGAAACUCCACGAAACAUGGACCAGAAAUCAGAAAACAGUCCAAAGGCAAUGACUGGGGAUGUGAUGUCUCAUUCAUUUGGGGAUGGAUAUUCCACGAGAUCAGAUGACGAAGGGUUUGGAGGGACUAUUGGAGGGAGUCAGUCUAGUUUGCAAAUGGACAAAGAGAUUCAUGAAAAUCAUCCAGCUUAUGACAAGAAUCAGGGGAGUGAAGUGAAGGAGAAGGAAAAAGCCAGGCACCAAACUAAGGCUUUCAGUUAACUGGAACGAUUUACAACUUUACAACUUUAGUAGAUCUGUUUUCACAUCAUUAGUCUCUCUAUGUAACUAUGAGAGCUGUUUUUUCAUCUUUUUAUUAACUGAUGUGUAAUAAUGUUCCUUGGCGAUGCAUCUUUAACUUCGUUUGAUGUUCUGAAUUUCGAUCCACUAAA